CUAAAUUGUUUUCACACAAUUUCUUAUAAGACUUUCAAGUAGAAAUUCUCUUAUAAUAAUGAAAAUAUGCAGUAAAUACUAAAGUUUCAUCAAUCAUAUAAAGUUUCUACAUAUUUCGUAUCACUAGCAUGAAGUGCUUCAUUCAAAGCUGUGUAAAUACUGAUAAAAUCAACAAAAUAAAUGAAAGCACUGCUUCUAAUCCAAAUAGGAUUACCUUUCAUUCCUUCCCAAAAGAUCCGAAGCAGCGUGCAGCCUGGCUUGAAUCCCUAUCAAUACCAAGUUUCAUGGUGACUCCGAAACAUGUGAUAUGUUCGGAGCACUUUAACGAGGAUGACUUUUACAUAACCAAACAUGGUACCAGAAGGAUCAAGUAUGGUGUUGUCCCUGAAAUAAAUUAUGAUCUACAGCAGCCUGCGAAUAGGGUGUGCAAGCUGUGUCUCAGGAUAGAUGCGAAGAUGUUUGAUCUCAACGAAGAGACUUUAAAUAAGAUGUAUCUAUAUGUUAUAGGAAUUGAGCCGAGGACAGACUCCAAGGAUAGGUUUCCGAUGAACAUAUGUUGGGAAUGUAAGGCGCGGCUGCAUGCAGCGGCCGCGUUUAAAUGUAAAGCGCUGACCAGUGAUCAAUUGAUGCAGGAACAUUUGGAAUCUCAUGAAGAGUUAAACAUAACUGAAAUAUCGAAUCUCCAUCAAGAACAUAAUUUAAAAUCAAGUUUAGUUAUAGAACAAAUAGACACUUUAACCUAUGAAACAGAAACACAUAAAAACACAGAAUCAGAUACAUUAGUUAAAACUGAAACUAUAGGAUUUACUUUUGAAGAAGAAUUAGAUGAGAAUUCACAAAUAAAUGAAAUAGUAAUAAAAAAUGAAAAUAAAGUUUCUGAAGAUGAAACGAAAACUGAAAUAGAAAUAAUACCUAAUAAUAGUCAAGAUAGCUUUCAAUGUGACGCUCCUAAAGUGAAUUGGGAUAAUAUUCUACUAGUAAAGACACCUACAGUUGCCGAUAACCAAUUCAAUAUAACAGUGUUUGAUAAUGAUUCCAAAAUGGCGGAUAUGAAUGACACGAACGAUGAUUGCUUUGAUACGAAUACGGACGAUGGUGCUGAGAAAAUUGUGGAUAAAAAUACAGUGAAGAGAAAGACUAGAAAAAUGGAUACAUCGAAGAAUCGAUGGAUUGAACCACAGAAAAAGCCAUACGUAAAACCGACUAUUCCAAUAGAUGAAACCGUGUUCACUGUAAAAUCUCUAUCACAAGAGCGGCUUAUAGAAGAAGUAAUGGCUCGCAAGAAUAGUGCGAGAUAUUUAAGGGCCCCCUAUAAAUGUACCGUCUGUUAUAAAGGGUUCCCUAGUGAAGAUAAAUUGGAGAGACAUAGUAUGAAACAUAGUGAGAAAGCGGGUCCUUUAAAAUGCGUCAUUUGUAAGGUCCGUAUGAAGCUGGGUAGGCAGAUGAGGGCACAUAUGAAGAAACAACAUACUUCGGAGUUUAUAUGUAAACUCUGCCCACUAGUCACGAGAAAUAGGCACGUAGCGCUCGGGCAUAUGAAGUUCCACGCCGGCAGCAAGUACAUGUGUCCUCAAUGUGGCGUGCAAUUCGAAAAACAAACAACACUGUUAAACCACCUCCGCCUCAAACACAUGUCAGAUUGUGUGUGCGAACUGUGCGGGUAUACGUUCGUCGGAGACAACGGAGUGCGCGCCCAUAAGCGGCUGAGGCAUAAAUUCGAUGACAAAAAUCAGCCACUGAAAGGACCGCACUGCGAAGUCUGUGAUAUCAAGUUCUUGAACAGGAAGGCUUAUAGUAAACAUCUGCGACUCUCCUCUAAGCAUUUAAAGAGUGAAGAUGACCCCAACCGCCUCAGCAAUGACCCGUCAAUAAAAACGCGUCGACUCGACAAAUCCACCGUCCCUGUACGCCGCACCAGGAUACACAGGCGUGAAGAUAUCGACAUGCCGCUUAUUAAUGGAACUGUUACUUGUGAACAAUGCGGCGUAGAGUGCGGUGGAGUCCGAGCAUACUCGCGUCACUUCCGGCGCGCACACCCGGGCCUACUGCCCGCGCAGUGCAACACACAGGUCACUCCUUACAUGUGCGAGCAUUGCGGGAAAAUGUUUAUGAACACAACAACUCUAGAAGGCCACAUGUGGGUCCACACUGGUCAGAAGAGGUUCCAGUGCGACCACUGUCACAAGACGUUCAGUAUGAAGUCCAACCUCGCGGGACAUAUGAAGCAACACGAGCCGGUGCGCGCGUCCUUCGCGUGCCAGCUCUGUGGGAAACUGUUUGCGUUCAAUCAUAAUCUGACGAGGCAUUUGCGUGUACACACAGGAGAAAGGCCAUUCAAAUGUGACGCGUGUGAGAAAACGUUUAGGACUAGCGGAGAACUGAAGGCCCAUGUGGACCAUGUACAUUUGAAGAUACCUAGACCGAAACGCAAUAGGCGGAAAGCUAGGAAAUGUGAUAUACCUACUUUAGAAUACUAAGAGGUGAUUAAGUUUUAUCUGAGGUAUAAGUUUUUAAACUGACAUGGUCACUAACACUAGUAUUAGAACUCGAAACGGAUGUUCAUCCGUGAUUAUGCCGCUUACAACAGUGCCGAAAUAUCGGAAACUCAUAGACAUAGAAAAACAUGGUAAAUAUCCCGUUUCGAGUUUUAAUCUGAUGUCUUGGUACGAGUAUGCUUUACAUUUAAAAUUCGGCGUUCUUAUUGGUUGGCCCAUUCGAGAGCGCCGAACGCGCUCUCGUUUCGAUUACGAUAAACGUAAAGCAAACUCAUACUAGGGGUACUGAUUGGCCGAUUUGAAAGGACGAGAGCGCGUUCAACGCUCUUAUUGGCCGGCUUGAUUGGACCAACCAAUCAGAGCGCAGAUUAUUAGAGUACAGUAUUAUCCGGUAAACUAGCUGAAUGUCUAGUGCAGACUACCUAGCGGGUUUACCGGGGCUCCGGUUCGAAAAGCAGGAGUAGGAACGAGUAGGUUUCUUUUAGGUCGUGGCCAACCGGGGACCUACUCUAAUUCAACGAACGAACGAACGAAAAACUUCGCAGAUUCUAUUUAUUGCGAACUUUUGUUUUAUUUUUGAAUUCAUAUCAAAACCUAUUUAUUUGUAUAUGAAGAUUCAUUUCAUUCGUUCAUUUUUGUUCAUGAAAGUUCGCAAUAAAUAGAAUUGUAGUAUGCAAUCUGCGAAGUUUUUUCCUUCGUUCGUUGAAUUGGAGUAGGGCUCUGAACUACAGAUCUGAAAAGCUAGAGACAAACUAUUGGACGCGACUUAUAUAGAUAUGAAUCGUAUGUAGAGCGCUAAAUUCACGUCCACGUUAAAAUUUUAAAUGUGGGAGAGCCAUAUUUUGGCACUGCUGGGCCGGCUCGACCGGAGUGAUACCACGGUCGAGCAGUAAACCGACGUGAAACAACGCUUGCGUUGCGUGAGUGAGGUUACCGGAGAUCCAAUUACCCCCUUCCCAAUCCCCGAUUUCUCAACAACCCUUAAAUUCCUAACCCCCAAAUGCCGGUAACGCACUUGUAACACCUCUGGUGUUUCAAGUAUCCAUGGCCGGCCGCGAUUGCUUACCAUCAGGCGAUACGUCAGCUCGUUUACCGGCUUACUCUGUGCAAUCAUUAUCAAGGUACCUUUUAAGUCUCAUCCAAUUGUUUGUUUCUAGUUUAAAUUGUACCUAAAUGUUGCUAUAUUUUGUAUUUUAUUAAAUCUCACAUGCUGUAAAUACUACAGUUAAAAAUAUUAUACUUACAUAAACCUAAGCUAAUUUUGUAUCUCCUAGUAUUUAAGAUUAUACAUAAGAUUGGUAUGUUAAUAUAAUUUAUAAUAAAAACUUUAAUAAUUUACAAGAA